AUGUGUCUAGAAGAUCCUCCACGAACUCGAAAGCAUAUUUAUUAUCAAAAGCCUUUUCUUCAGUUUCGUAGUCUUAGUCAAGAGAAAAUUGUUCAAUCAUCAGUUCAUCAUCGAUCAGAUUCAAUUCAGUCUGUAGACUUAUUUUCCUUAAUUGUACCGCCAAAUCAUGGUUCGACAUCAUCAUUAACAUCUCUCCUAUGUCCAAUAUGUUUAUUACCGAUGAUGAAACCGAAACUGCUACCAUGUCAACACACAUUUUGCUUGAAGUGCUUGGAAAAUAUUCAACAAACUCGAUCUGGUUCACUACCAGUCAAUUCAACCAACUGUUUAUUGUCACAUGACAAUCAAAUUAAAACAAUUUCAUGUCCGAAAUGUUCGCGGAUUCAUCGGAUUCAGUCGUGUACGGAUUUGCAACAGAAUCAAUCAGUUGAAUUGUUAGUAAAUACACUCCUGUGUGAGACAUGUCAUCAGCUGUAUCCAUCCAAUCAAUUAGAUACGUGUUUCCAUUGUUUUGGCGUCUUGUGUCCAACAUGUUAUACUCAACACAUCGAAAGACAUCGAACUGAAUUGGAAACAAAUCAGAGAUUAACGUCACGAGCUCUAUCAUUGGAAGAAAGAACAAAAACUUCUUUGGAACCGAAAACGCAGACGAAAUCGAUCGAUACAGAGCAACAAAAGCCAAUUAAACCGGAUGAGAACUCCGAUUCUCCACAAACACCUGUUACCAAGAAGAAAUCACAAAGUUUUCUCCGAAAACUAAUGAACCAUUCUCGACAUCGUCACUCAACUGAUGAGAUCAAUAAAAAACCAUCUUCACCAUCAGUCAAACGUUCGACAUCCGCAAAACUUUCCGAACGAAGGAAAAUCACGAUCGAUAUCACAGCUGACGAUAAGCCAAUUCUCGAGUCAAUUCCAUCCGUCGUUCCUAUCACACCCGUUCGUCAAUUUAUCAAUUUUAAUGAACUCUACAUCGAUACAGCUCAACACAUUAAGCAAUGCAAACAACGUCAAUCGGAAUUAGACCGAUCUGUACAAAAACUUAUUGAAGUUUUAACAACGAAAACGAACGAAAGUAUUCAACAGAUCUCGCAAUAUUGGAUGUAUUUGAGACAAUUCUCAUUAGAUCAAUUACAUGCGAAAACCAAUCGUUUUCAAUUCUUCAACUACCUUCUUAAAACAUGUUGCUCAACGUUAGAUUCUCAAAAGCAAAUGGCAUCCUAUUUCGAACAAAACGAUGAAAUCAAAGCGGCAUUACAAGUUCUUCAAACGACAUUGAUGAUCGUCAAUCAACAACACACACAAUUCGCUAUUAAUCAGUCAUUUGAUCGAGAAGAACAAACAACAUUAGGAAGACUAAGACGUCAUUUAGAUUUGUUACUCGCUUCCUACGCGGAUGAGAUUUCCUUUCUUCACGAACGAAUUCGCGUCUACGAAUCACGGUUUGACACAUGGAGAAAUUGUAACAGAACAGAUUUAGAUUCAUUAAAUUACGAAUGGUCACAAAUCAUUGAACACGAUUAUCCAUCGCUGAUCGAGAAAAUCUCCAAUGAUUUCAUCAUGAAAACUCCACAAAUCGAGAAAAUUCUCUUUCAAAUGCUGACAAAUAUGAAGAAACGUCUAUUAAACAUCGAUUAUCGAGGAACGAGUCAAAGGAUUAGUGUUGUUAGUUUAUGA